CUCAUUUUCAAUACAUACAUACAACAUCUUCAAACUUUCAAGCUUGAAAUAGGGUGAUAUGGAUAUCCAUGAGAGGUUCCAUGAGUGGGCGAUUGAGGUUGCGAAGGUGGAGAUUAAUGGGAUUGUGGCGCAUCGGUUUGAGGGGAGGGGAUUGGGGAUUAUUGCGGAGAGGGGGUUUGAGGUAUGUUUUUUUGUUUUAUUUUGUUUUGUGUUGAGGCUGGGGUGGGCUUUUUUUUAAGAUCUUCUUCGCUGCGUUUUUCUAUGACUUUUCCUGGUUUCUUGUUGUGUGGUUACUGUAUCUUAGGGAGUGAGUGGUGAUUUUUGUGAGUCAUGGGAUUUGUAGUUAUGUGGUGAUCGCCCCUUUUCUGGAUUUCUUAGCGGGUUUUAUUAGAGGAGAGAUGUGGGUUUGCUUAAUUUUCUUGUUCAGUUACCUAGGAAGGGCUGUUUUGGUUUGUGUGGAUGGAAUGGUUACUACAGGAUCUUGUUUUUUUUUAAUUACGGUGUUAUCCUUUCCUUGUCGAGUUAUCCGAGAAUAUCUGAGGAGUAACAAGCAUAGGAUAUCUUCAUAUCUUGAAAUCUUCUCAUCACCUUUCUAUUUUUUCAAGAUAUACCAAACAUUUCCCAAUAUAAACUCACAACGCCUAAUCAAAACCCACUAACCACCACCCCAGCCCAACAAAAAACUCCUAACAGUCCCCCUCUCCGCCCUCCGAACAAUCCAAACAGUUCCAAAAUGCAUCACCUCCCAACUCCCCAACCUCACAACUCACGGUCUCCUCGCCACAGAACUCUGUCUCGACACCUCACCCACACGCUCCCUCUGGAACGCCGUUCUCCCCACCCGAGAAGACUUUGCCGAGUCCAUUCCGUUGAUGUGGGAUUCUGACCUCCAAAAUUUACUCCCAGAAGCAGCCAAGGAGCUGUUGGAGAACCAGAAACGGAAGUUGGAGAAGGAUUGGGGGAUGGUGAAGGAUGUUUAUGGGGAGAAGAUUGAGAAGGAGGAGUUUGUUUAUAGGUGGUUGAUUGUUAAUACGCGGACGUUUUAUUAUUUGGAUCCGGCGUGGAAAGGGAAGGAGAAGCAGAAGCCGGCGAGGGAUGAUUGUAUGGUGAGUUCUAUAUUACCCAUUCCAUUUCAUCAUCUUUUCAGAUUUCUCAUUAUCAUUCUCACUUCCAAGUAUCGCACGUGUUCUAUCUGAACAUUGAAACCCCUUAUCAAUAUCGAAAAAACUAACAUCUAUCAAAGGCACUCAACCCCUUCGCCGACUACUUCAACCACUCCUCAACCGGCUGUACCGUCUCCUUCGACACCACAGGCUACACCAUCACCACCCCACACGCCCUCCAAAAAGGCGCCGAAAUCUACAUCUCCUACGGAAACCACAGCAACGACUUCCUCCUCACAGAAUACGGCUUCAUCAUGCCCGCCGAGACCAACACCUGGGACGAAAUGCCCCUCUCUUCAUCCAUCCUCCCACUACUAUCACCCUCCCAAACCGAACUUCUGCAAGAAGAGGGCUUCCUGGGUAAGUACGUGUUGGAUAAGGAUGGGGUGUGUUAUCGGACACAGGUCGCGUUACGGAUUCUGUGUUUGCCUCUGGGACGGUGGAGGAGGUUUGUAGCGGGUGGGGAUGAAGGGGUGAGGGAUCAGGAGGUUGUGGAUGAGUACUUGGUGGGGAUACUGAGGAGGUUGAGGAGAGUAGUGGGGGAGAAGAUUGGGGCUGUGAAGAAACUCAAGACGGGACUGGAAAGUCAGAGGGAGGUUUUGGGGAGGAGGUGGGUGCAGAUUGAUGGGUUGCUGGAGAGUGCUAUUAAGAGAAUAGAGGAAUGA